AUGUCGUCCACAGCGUUCAUCAUCCCCGUCGACCCGAAACAGCCCUCGUCCAAGGCCAUUCCCAGCCUUGACCUCGGCAGGCUGUGGUCUGCCGUCCCCUCGGGGCCCUCUGCGCCAAAGGUCGGCACGACCAGGAUAUUCUAUAACACGCCGGCGGAGAAGGACGCGUCGAACGUAACCGCGCUUGCGUCCUUGGGUGAUACCUUCUCAGAAAAGACCGGCGAUGCGAGGAAAGAGUUAGUCCGGAAGGCCGUCGGGAGCGCUGUGAAGAAAGUGAAGGAGCUCGGCGAGGGCCUGAACGAGGUCGCUAUUGAUGCAUCUAUUGACCCCCAUGCAUCCGCCGUCGCGGCCCAUCUAGCGGCGUAUAAAUUCUCGCUCAAGACUGAGGGUCCGAAUGUAUACAAGCCAGAGUCAGGAACCCAUCCUCCAGAGCCGCUGACAUUCCACCCGCUCGCAAGCUCGAAGGAAUGGGACACGGGCGUGAUAUACGCCAAAGCCCAGAACCUUGCUCGGACCCUGAUGGAGCUCCCCGCGAAUAUCUGUACACCCACCUCCUUCACCGAGCGGGUCAAAGCCGAAUUCGCCUCCGUCAAGAACGUCGAAAUCAUCGUGCACGACGAAGCGUGGGCAAAGGAGAAAGGCAUGAAUACCUUCCUUUCGGUUACCAAGGGUACCGACGAACCUGCAAAGUUCCUCGAGAUUCACUAUAAGGGCGGCGCGCCCGAUGCCCAGCCCAUCGCGUUCGUGGGCAAGGGCAUCACCUUCGACUCCGGAGGAAUCAGCUUGAAGCCGUCAGCGGACAUGAAACUGAUGCGUGGAGACAUGGGCGGAGCCGCGACCGUCUGCGCAGCUGCUCUUGCCAUCGCGCAGCUGCAGCUACCAGUCAACCUCGUUGUGGUCACUCCGCUGUGUGAGAACCUGCCCGGGCCGAGUGCGAACAAGCCAGGUGACGUUGUAUACGGCAUGAACGGCAAGUCGAUCGAGAUCGACAACACAGACGCCGAGGGCCGCCUCAUCCUCGCUGAUGCGCUGUACUACACUUCUACCGUGUACAAACCCCACACCCUCAUCGACUCCGCCACGUUGACCGGGGCGAUGGAAAUCGCCCUGGGAGAGGUGUUCUCUGGUGUCUUCUCGACGUCAGACUCGCUCUGGGAAGAGCUGCGCGCCGCCGGCGAAGCCGAGUACGACCGCUUCUGGCGUAUGCCGCUCGACGCGGACUACGCGCCGCAGAUCGCGCGGUCCAACGCGGACUUGUGCAACACUGGCGGAAAGCCGGCGGGGAGCUGCACGGCAGCGCUUUUCUUGCAGGCGUUUGUCGAGGGUAUCGAGGCCAAGGAUGGGAAGGAGCCAAGCCUGAGAUGGGCUCACAUCGACAUUGCUGGCUCGAUGGAGGCUACGAGGCCUACGCCGUACUUGGAGACCGGGAUGACUGGUCGCCCUGUUCGGGCUUUGGUCGAGUUUGUCAGGCGUCUGUCGCAGCAGUGA